AUGUCCAGCUGCUGCCAGCCAUGCUGCCAGCCUUGCUGCCGCCCUUGCUGCGUGUCCAGCUGCUGCCAGCCAUGCUGCCAGCCAUGCUGCCGCCCUUGCUGCGUGUCCAGCUGCUGCCAGCCAUGCUGCCAGCCUUGCUGCCGCCCUUGCUGUCUGUCCAGCUGCUGCCAGCCUUGCUGCCAGCCAUGCUGCCGCCCUUGCUGCGUAUCCAGCUGCUGCCAGCCUUGCUGCCAGCCAUGCUGCCGCCCUUGCUGUGUGUCCAGCUGCUGCCAGCCAUGCUGCCGCCCAACCUGCUGUCAGACCACCUGCUGUAGGACCACCUGCUGCCAGCCUUGCUGCCGCCCUUGCUGUGUGUCCAGCUGCUGCCAGCCUUGCUGCCAGCCUUGCUGCCGCCCUUGCUGUGUGUCCAGCUGCUGCCAGCCUUGCUGCCAGCCAUGCUGCCGCCCUUGCUGUGUGAGCAGCUGCUGCCAGCCUUGCUGCCAGCCUUGCUGCCGCCCUUGCUGCGUGUCCAGCUGCUGCCAGCCUUGCUGCCGCCCUUGCUGCGUGUCCAGCUGCUGCCAGCCUUGCUGCCGCCCAACCUGCUGUCAGACCACCUGCUGUAGGACCACCUGCUGCCAGCCUUGCUGCCAGCCAUGCUGCCGCCCUUGCUGUGUGUCCAGCUGCUGCCAGCCUUGCUGCCGCCCUUGCUGUGUGUCCAGCUGCUGCCAGCCUUGCUGCCAGCCUUGCUGCCGCCCAUCGUGUUGUCAGACCACCUGCUGUAGAACCACCUGCUGUAGGACCACCUGCUGCCAGCCUUGCUGCCGCCCUUGCUGCUGCUGA